AAAAAAAAAUCAAUACCAUAAUCAAGCAGCUACUGAUCAAAAAUGGACUCCGACGACGAUUUACGGCCGGAGGAGGAGAAACCGCCACUAAGCCAGAGAGCAGAGUGGUCAGAUGUGAUCCCAAUCCCACAAGACGACGGUCCGAACCCAGUUGUCCCAAUAGCAUACAAACCUGAGUUCGAAGAGACCAUGAACUACUUCAGAGCCAUUUAUCUCUCCGAUGAACGAUCCCCACGAGCUCUCGAGCUCACCCACUUAGUUAUUUGUCUCAAUCCUGGCAAUUACACUGUUUGGCAUUUCAGAAGACUAGUUCUCGAGGCAUUGAAUGUAGAUAUGUAUCAGGAGUUGGAUUAUGUUGAACGGAUUGCGAAAGAGAACACUAAAAAUUAUCAGAUAUGGCAUCAUAGGCGGUGGGUUGCCGAGAAAUUAGGUGCUGAUGUUGCAGCGAAAGAACUUCAGUUUAUCAGGAAGAUUCUUUCCCUUGAUGCGAAAAAUUAUCAUGCCUGGUCCCACCGACAGUGGGUACUGCAGGCUUUAGGAGGAUGGGAAGAUGAACUUGACUAUUGUAGACAGCUCCUUGAAGACGAUGUUUUUAACAAUUCUGCUUGGAAUCAGAGGUACUUUGUUAUAACUAGAUCUCCCUUAUUGGGAGGCUUGAAGGCCAUGAGAGAAUCUGAAACAACGUUCACAGUGGAGGCCAUUUUAGCUAACCCUGACAACGAGAGCCCCUGGAGAUAUCUUCGAGGUCUCUACAAAGGCGACACAGAGUCUUGGAUUGAUGAUCCUCAAGUCGCCUCUGUAUGUCUGAAAAUUUUGGGUGCUAAAACUAACCACGUAUUUGCUCUGAGCAUGCUUUUGGAUCUUCUCUGCCACGGGUUUCAACCAAACCAAGAGCUUAGAGCGGCUGUUGAUGCUUUGACGACUUCAAACUCUGAUCCAUCUGAACCAGACUUGGGAAAAGCAGUGUGUUGUAUAUUGGAGCGUGUGGACCCGAUGAGAGUCAACUAUUGGAUGUGGAGGAAGAGCAAAUUGCCUGCAUUAGCCUAGCUGAUUACUGAUGCCUGGAGGCUUCUUUGUCCAUGGCUGUGUGAGUUGGUUACUAAUUUUGUAUAACUAAAAAAAUUUCUAAUUUCAUUCGAAUCUAUAAUUUAAGAAUACUCA